CAGUUAUGGAGGUAACACGGCUAUCGUUGCUGUUGGCUUCAUUGAUCCUUAUUCUCUACUGGACAACCUCCUCAGCUCAGUCACAUGACCUCCCAUCUUCUGACCUCUCACCAGCCUACAGGGUGAAGAGGGACCAGCCCUUUGAGAACAGAGAAAAGGUUAAAGAGACCUUCCAGGCCAUAACUGACGCUCUGUCUCUGGUCAAAGACCUUACGGAAGUGGUUGACGUCCUGAAGAAGCUCUCCAAAUUUGCUAGUGUGGCUCCCGGCGCCGUUGGUGUGAUCUUCUCUGUGGUCAACAUGGUCUUGUGCUGGUGUACAACACAGCCGAUAAUGGAUAUUACACACUAAACAGUCUGACUAAAGUCUACGUGGGCAAGGUCACCGUCGCUGUUGGCAGCAUACAGAAAGCGGAUGUGGAGAGCGAAGUCAAAAUUAUGAACGCAGCCAGAAGAUGCUUUAAAAAUUGUGACGUCAAGAGCACAAUACAGCAAUGCAAGAUUAAAGACGAUGUAGACAUUUCUACUGGUUUGGGUGAUCAAAUAUUGACUUUUCCCUUUACAAGUUAUGCUAAAGUGGCAUAUUCACAUACAACCAGUUAUACAGAUUUUGUUGAGGUCCCAGCACCUCUUGGAAAAACAUCGUGUGGGUGGUCAUAUGAGCUAUCUGUACAUUUCUCCAUGAGCAUACCUGUCUGCUAUAAUCGUAAAUGUCAGAACAGAGGAUGGUGCAGGAGGCUGGCGGACUCCAACCUUAGUCUGUGUGAGUGCGAGUAUGGAUACUACGGAGAGAGCUGUGAAAACAGAAUGGACACAUCAGUGAUCCAGACGAUUCUGUCUCAAUACCCUGUGCCCACUAUCAUCACCUCCAGUGGCAGACUGAAAAUGAUACAGUCCAAAUUGGAACAGGUCAUCAACUGUGUCAACACCAGAUAUGGUUAACAGCAGAUACCUGCAGACGGACGACAGCAACAACCACUUCCUUCCAACUGACAAAGUAACAGCAACAUGCAGGAGUAAAUCAAUCAAUCAAUCAGAGUUCUUCAAGCUGCGACUAGUUGGCUCCAAAGUCCAAAAAAUCAUCACAGAUACUAAAUUAUGCCUCAGUCUGAACUUUAACAGUAUGUGUGACGAUAUGGGACAUCAUUUGAUGACUGUGUGUGGAGGCAGACAUUGAAAGAUGUGUAUUCAUCCCAAUGCUGCAGGUAAAAAAUAAUUAGUCUUCCUUAAACAUAAGUUUCAUGAAUUAUCAACCUGUUUUUGUUAUAGUGCCUCCAUGUGAUCAGUUGAUGUAGUCUUUGCAGUCUGAGGGUAAGAUGUUAAAUGUCUGUUGGAAAGUCGAAAAAAGUGAAUUAUUAAAUAAUACCCCGAUAAAAUCAAAUGCGUGUCUCAGUUUGAUUAUUAAAUAUG